AUGGAUUUGGAUGAUAUCGUUAAGGAGGUUGAUGGCAAACUUGUCACCAAAAUCGACAUCGAUCCCCCGACAGGUUGGACAAAUGAUUUUGAUGCUAUCAAAGGCUAUGAGUGGGCAGAGGACGGGAGUAUCGCAGAAGUUAUUGAAGGGCUUCACCUCAAGGCCAAGCCCAAGCCUCUAUUUGGUAAAGAGAAUGGAGAUGGCCAAGUCAUUUUCCAAGCUGGAGAUGAGCUUUAUCUCCACUACCUCGAUACUGAGGACGUCUAUCGUAUCAAGGACUAUUCGGAUCCGGAGUUGCUUGUUUCAGUUAUUAAUGAUUCCCGGUGGGAUGAGCUGGAGCUUGUUGAUCCUCGUUACUCUCUUGCGGGCGACGACCCAAACACUCUCCUAUAA